AUGGCGUACCUGUACAGCACCAGCAAGACGUGGCGGCGCAUCGUUGACGCCACCUCGCGCAGCAGGGGCACCAUGCUGGUGUUUGCCGCCGCCUGCGUGGGGGUGCCCAUCUUCCUGGGGGACCAGGUGAUGCAGAAGACGAGCGAGUCGGCGGCGAGGGGGGAGGGGGAGCUGGAGAAGAAGCUGCGGUCGCGGGGAGGCCUGGACGCACAGAUACUGGCCAAGGCGCAGCGCGAGCGGCUGCAGGUGAUGCUGGAUGAGAUGAAGGGCGGCAAGGGCGGCGGCGCGGAGAGCGAGGCGCGGUACAAGGCGGCGCUGGAUGGGCGGUCCCUGGGCACUCACAGCAGCGGCACCACGGCCGGCGCACGGGCCAUCCGCCAGCAGCAGCCCGAGGCGGGGGCAGGAGCGGCAGCGGGCGGCGGCAAGAAGGGGUAG